AUGCAUUUAGCUUCAAAUAUCAACCCCUAUUUUCAUACCAAGUUCCUCCCCGCAAUACCAGCACCAAACAUAGUACCGCCAUUACCAUUAUCGCAACGACGUAUGCUUCAAAUCGUCGAAACCCCGGUGGAGAAAGCGCAGAGGGAAACCAUUUGCUGGCUUCAAAGUCAAUGUAACUCGCUCGGCGAAGAGAACAUGAACCUUCGACAGCAGAUUCUGGAGCUGAGAACUAAAGGAACGGAGACUACUGAAAUAAUCACACGCUUGUCGCAAGAAAUCGAACAGAGGAAGAGAAAAGUACGGCAUAUCGCGGAAUAUGUUACCGGAGCAUUCCGGGAAUAUAUUGAUGAUCCGCGAAGUUGGUCAGCGAGGGAACACAUGAGUGUGUACAAUGUCAUUGACGACAUUCUUUCCAUGUAUAUGUAUACCGAAUUAUAG